AUGUCCACUACCAAGGCCACAGUCGAGGCUAGGGCCGUGUCCGCGCCAGCAAAGCGCAGCUUUGGCUCGCGAGCUAAAACCCAUUACAAGAGGUGGUGGUGGGUGCAUCUGAUUGUCAUUAUCGUCGUGCUGCUGGUUGUGCUAUUGCCCGUCGUCUACGUCGCCUAUCCCAAAAUCGCCCAGACGGACGUCAACGAAUCCACCCUAAACAUCACCAGCAUGGUCAUCAGCGAUCCCACACCCGACUCAUUCCACCUCGACCAAACACAGGUCAUCGGCUCGCACAGCUCGUUCCAUCCACAGAUCUUCGCUUUCACCGCUAGCGUCUCCCUCCUCGGCGCGGCGGCUCCCUUCGCCUCUGUGCAGGUGCCUGCGGUGCAGUCUAAGGACGGGGCUGUGCUUGAUGUUUCGCAGACGUUGAGCCUGAGUGAUUCGCCUGCGUUUGGCGAUUAUGCGAAGGCGGUCAUGUUGAAUGAGGAGGUUGAGCUGAAUAUUUAUGGGACGCCUGUGUUGCAGGAGGGUGCGUUGCCGAAGACUACGGUUACGUAUAACAAGACCGUUACUAUGAAGGGAUUGAAUAAGCUCAAGGGCUUCAACGUCACUGAGUUUAACUUGGGUCCUCAACCGGAUGGAACUAAUACGAACGGAACGGUGCUGAUUCCCAACCCGUCUGUCAUGACUAUCACAAUGGGCAACCUAACCCUCGACCUCUCCGUUGACGGUCGACCAAUGGGCCAGUCCUACCUGAAGGACCUCGUCCUGAAACCAGGCAACAAUUCCAUCCCCAUGACCUCGAAAGUCGACGAAGCCGCCGUCUUCGAGUUGCUGCAGGGUAAGUACGGGAGUGGGAUUAUCCCCCUCGAGAUUACAGGCAAUUCGAGCGUCUACAACGGUCAGAAUCUGCCUUAUUUCACCGCAGCGCUGGCGGCGAAUAAGUUGACGGUUGAGUUGGAUGUUGGCAAGGCGCUUGGUUUGCAUUCGAGCACUUCAAGUAGGUAG